AUGGGAAGCUCACAUUGCGCAGAUGGCAUCCAUGUCGACAUGAACCACCUCAAGAAGGGCGAGGUCAACCUUGGAACAUCCAUCAUGGCCAUCAACUUCAAAGACGGCGUCAUAUUAGCUGCCGACAGUAGGACAACGACCGGAGCAUACAUCGCGAACCGAGUCACCGACAAGCUCACACAAGUCCACGACACUAUCUGGUGUUGCAGAUCCGGAUCAGCAGCAGACACACAGGCUGUAGCAGACAUCGUUCAAUACCACCUGGGCAUGUACGGUACUACAAAUGAUGAGCCACCGACUACACAGACAGCGGCAGCCAUCUUCCAAGAACUCUGCUACUCCAACAAGGACCAACUCUCGGCUGGACUCAUUAUUGCCGGAUGGGACCACCGACACGGCGGCCAAGUAUACUCGAUUCCCCUCGGAGGCUCCCUGCACAAGCAAUCAUACGCAAUUGGUGGCUCGGGUUCAACGUACAUCUACGGAUACUGCGACGCAAACUGGAAGGAGAACAUGAGCGAGGAGGAAGGCAUCAAGUUCGUCAAGGGCGCACUCUCGGAAGCGAUCAAAUGGGACGGCAGCUCGGGUGGUGUGAUUCGCAUGGUAGUGCUCACAGGCAAGGGCGCGCAGAGGCAUCUAUACCUGCCAGACCAGAACUACGAGGGGCCAGGCAAACAGUAG